AUGAAGUUGAAGAUAAAAGUCGUUGACUCAAAAAAAGAGCAGAAAAAUGAAGAUUUGACGCUGGGCGGUUUAAGUGGUGGUGGUAGCGGCGGUGGUGGUGGUGGGAGUAGUGGCGGUGGUGGGGUCCACGUCGGUGGCGGUGGUUGUGGUGGUGGUGGUGGUCAUGGUUGUGGUAGUGAUGGUGUUGGUGGUGGCGGUAACGGUGGGGGCUGCGGUGGUGGUUUCUGUGGUGGUGGUAGUGGUGGUUGUCGUGGUGGUGUUAGUAGUGGUGGUGGUGCUGGUUGUGGAGGUGGCGGGUGCGGGGGCAGCGACGAAGGUAGUGGUGGAACUGGUUGUGGUGUUUGUGUUGGCGGUGGUGGUCGUGGUUGUCAUGGUCGUGAUCGUGGUGGUGGCACUGGUUGUGGUUGGUUAUAA